AUAAAAUGCAUUAAAAGUUUUUUUUCCCCAUUUUUAAUUUUUUAAAUUCUGAAUUAAAAAUAAAAUACCGUAAAUAAAAUAGUGGUGCACUCAUGAAAAUUAAAAAUAUAUUCAACAAUCUUUGGAUCCUAAUCAUUAACAUUACCCCUUUGUGCGCAUCUCUACCAGGUCCAACAGAAACAAGUUUUAAUGAAUUAUUUAGAACGCGUUCGAAAGCGGUGGAUAUGAUUAUGAUAAUCGAAGAUGCCUAUUUGGAUUAUAAUAACUAUUAUUGUGCAACAUAUUUUUUCGAGAUAAUGUUGUCCACUUUUAACUAUACCAAUCCUAUUGGGGGGCAAAGAACCCUUGUAGGCACCAUCGGGUACCAUUCUAAUGCCACUGUCAAAUUGCCGUUGAGAUCUGGGAAUACAUAUGAUAAUGUUAUUUUAAAUGGUAUGCCAGAUAUCACUUUGGACAUGGUUAACAGCGUUUCUUACCUGGACAACGCGUUGGCUAAGGCCAAUCAGAUGCUAUUAAAAUCAGGUCGAAAUAAUACAAGCAAAAUCGUUUUUAUGCUAGUAACAAACCCAACUCAAGGAAAUCCCGUUCCUAUGGCCAAUAAAAUGAAAUCUCAAGGUUAUGAAAUAUUUAUUUAUGCCGCUGGCACCUCAUUAAAUGAAACAUAUAUACAAAGUAUCGCAUCAACACCUCUUAAUACUCAUAUAACAUGGUUUACUGACUUAUGUAUUUAAACCAUAUUACAUAACCAUGAUGUUGUUUGAUAUAAUGAUUAGGUAUUUUUAUGAUUACUAAUAAUAAUUAUGUUAAUUUUUAAUAUAUAAUAUUUGAAUUUUUUUAUAAUAUGUUUUGGAUUUAUAAAAGGGCAGACAUUUUUUAUGUCUAAUUUGUUUUAAAAUAGUUUAUAUAAUAAAAUGAAUUAUUUCUCUAGUUAUA